AUGGCUGGAAAUGGUGUGAUUAAAAUUCAACAAGAAUUACUUCAUCUUCAUUCAACUUACAAUAUACUAUCCGUCCUUUAUGAAGAUUCAGAUCGAGAAUUAGUAGUCCUGAAAAAGAAAUUCGCUUUCUUUCAUCAAAGAUUUAACAUUGAUUCUGUUUAUGGUCAAUAUUCUUUAGAACGUCUUGAUAUUUUUGCUCAUUUAUUUACAUUGACAAAAGAUGGAAGAACAGUGGCAGUCGUGAUAAAAACAUUUUUUUCAUUAUCUGAUACUUAUGGCGUUGAAAUCACUGGUGAAAAAGAUCAAGCAUUCAUUUUAGCACUUGUUAUUGUUCUUGAUCAAGUUUUAUAUGACAACAAUAAUCGUCAUGAUAACUAA